AUGUUGCGACGAAGAUCAGUAGAUUCAUCUGCAUUAUCGAGGCGAACGUCGCGCAAUUAUCGUCAAAUUAUUCAUGGAGAUAGUAUCAAUGUUCGAAAUGAAUGUAAACUGGAGAAACAUUUGUCACAGCCAUGCGUGCUUCAAUCAAGUUCCACUGGUCAAUUGAAAUCUCGAUGCGAACAAAAUAGGUCACUUUUAGAAAGCUGGUCUAAAGAUAAUCGAGAUUACGUAACUCGAAAACUGGUAAUGGAUGCAACAAUUUUAAUGCCAAUAGUUAUAAAAUAG